AUGGCUGAACAAAUGACACAAGUCCUCCGGGAAACAUUGCCAAAUAUGCUUAAAGAGAUGUUGGGUGACAGACUUAAGGAUAAUGAAGGCGAAGAGGAAGGAAGCGUUCGACACAAGAACACUCAAGCCCCCGAAGGGGUGGAGGUGUCUGAUGAAGAGAAGGUGGAGUCGCUCAUCAUCAAGAUGACUGAGUUGACUGCUAAGAAGAGAGGAUGCAGUUAUAAAACCUUCAAGGGCACCGGGCCGAAGGAGUUCAAGGGAAUAGAGGGCCCAAUUGGGCUGAUGAACUGGGUAACUAAGAUGCAGAGCUGCUUCAAAAUUUGCAGAUGCAUGGAAGAUCAGAGGGUGACCUACGCUGCUACCACCUUUGUGGACUAUGCACUGCACUGGUGGGAGUCUGAGUGUGCAAUCAGAGGCGAUGAGGAUGUUGCUGCCAUGACGUGGGAGCAAAUGAAAAAAAUGAUGAUGGAUAAGUACUGCUCGCAAUCGGAGGUAAACAAGCUAGAAUCCGAAUUUYUGAGAUUAAAGCAAGGAUCGUUGUCAGUUCAAGAAUAUGUUAACGAGUUUCUUGAGAAAGCAAGAUUCGCCAGUUACCAGGCAGUGGAGAUGGCAAGGAUGGCCGAGGAGAACAACGCUAGAGAAACUUGUGACAGAAGAGAGAUAAAGAGAAGGUGGGAAGGAACAAGCAAGUUCAACAAGAAGCCCAACUGGGCUCCGACUCUGGCAAAAACACGAAGUGAAGAAUUCACUAUUCCUUCGUGUAACAAAUGCAACAAGAGGCAUAAGGGAGAGUGCAGAGCGGGGAGCCUGACAUGCUACAAAUAUGACAAACCGGGACACACCGCGUGA